GAUUUGGUGUGUGACAGAGCACGGGAGGCAGCAGCUCCAUUAAUCCUGGCAAACUCGAGGCCUUUUAGGAGAUUUGUCCUUUCCCCCUGCAGCAAGUGCCAGAGGAGGUGGGGACACCUGCCCAGGAGCAAUCCAGGAAUCCAGAAAAAAAUGUCUCCAAAGCAUCCUCGGAGCUGAUGAAUUACUGUGAGCAGCAUGCUCGGAAUGAUCCUCUGCUGGUGGGAGUUCCUGCUUCUGAGAAUCCCUUUAAGGACAAAAAGCCCUGCAUCAUCCUAUAGCUGUGGAUCCUUCCGGAAGGAAUUUCCCCAUCCAGCCUCUGGAUCCAGGCUCCUCCACAGCUCCACCUGCACCCAGGGGUAAAAACUCAACGCUGGCUUCAAACAGAACUUCAAAAAAAAAAUUCCUGAGAAAAACAAAAAAACAAAAAAAAUCCAAGAAAAACAAAACAAAAAAAAUCCCUGAGAAAAACAAAAUAAUACCCCAAAAAAAAGUAAAUUUGGAAGUGGGGAUUUUUAGGGAAAGGGUGGCUGCUUCCUGGAAAGGAAAGGGGGAUUAAGGAUUGGAAUCAGGAUUUUCAAAUUUACCCAAGGGUUGAGGGAGGAAAGGAAGGUGGGGAGGGGAUUUUUUUUUAAUUGGGAUAUUUGGAUUUGGGAAAGGGGAGGAGGAGGUGGGGUCAUUCCCAGUGGGAUGUGAGAGCUGGACCUGGAUCCAAUCAGAGCCAAAAAUCAGCAGGAAUUUCCUCUGGAGAAGGGGUGAGCUGGGAACCAUUUUGUAAAAAAUCAGUACAAAAAAAAAA